AUGAAAGAAAAAAUAGAAUUUAAUGAUUUGUUAGUUAAUAUUAAAUCGACCAGAAAUGUUAAUGAAGUUAAACGAAGAUUAGAAAGAGAAGAAAAACAUGUAGAGAACCAGAAACAACGUUGGGAAGAAAAAAAAGAGAUAAGAAGAUUGCCAUUUGAAGAUAAUGACGAAGCAUUAGAGUUGGAAAUAGCUGUGGAAGAGCAAAAAAGAUAUCCGUUAAAUAAAAGGGUUUUGGAUGCUCCGUUACAUAGACAGGCAUUGCAGAGAAUUGAAGGGAAAUUGGCUUAUAGACAAACAAAAAAUGAAUUACGUGAAUGGCAACCAAUCGUGGAUGAAUUGCGUGUUGCCGAACAAAUUCACUUUCCUCAGGAUGAAUUAUUAGACAAUCCUUUAAAAGUACAAUCAGCUGAGGAAAGGGCUAAAACAUUUACGCCACGAACAGAGUUUGAACAAAAAAUUAUGGAAGUUCUUGGGAAGAGUAAAUCAAAUAUUAAAAAUGAUGAAGAAUUUUCACAGGCAGAAAAAGAAAUAUUAAAAGCAAUGGAUGUUAGAGAGGCUAGAAAGAAGUGUCAAGAAAUGCGAAAAAUGCGAGCAUUGAUGAGCUUUCAUUCUGCAAAAUUAAAAAGACAAUCUAAAAUUAAAAGCAAACAAUUUCAUAGAAUUCAAAAACGACAAAAACGUAAAGAUUUAAUAAAGGAAGUAGAGACGCUAAUUGUUAAGGAUCCAAAAAGAGCUGCUGAGAAAGUAGAUGAAUUAGAAAAGGAUAGGGCAUUUGAACGUGCUACUUUAAAACAUAGAGGAACAAAUAAAUGGACAAAACAGAUCAGAAAAUUUGCCUCUCGCAACCCAGAACUUCGCAAAGUAAUUGGAGAACAACUACGAUUAGGGAAAUCAUUAAAGGAACGUCAUGGAGCUGAAGGAAAUGAAAGCGACGAUGAAAGUGGGGGUGAAGAAGGAAUUGAAGAAAAUACAGAAGAAAUAAAACAACAAAAAAUUAUUUCAGCAGCAGUUGAUAAAGUUUUUGUUUCUGAUAAUUCUUCAAAAGAAAUGAUAAAUUUAAAUGUUGAUAGUGAAAAUCCCUUUUAUAGAAGCGCUUUACAAAAUAUUAAAAGAGAAAGGAAAAUAGCAGAAAAAAGAAAACAACAAAGAGGAAUUGAAGAAAUGAAAGGGGAAAAAUCAUUAAAAAUUCAAGAAGAAUCUAAAAAAGAAGGGGAAAUUGGAAACAAAGAAGAAAAACCAGAAUUUUUAGAUUUAAAUGUCAAAAAAAUAAUACAAAUCCCACAAGAAUUGAUGAAUGAAACAGGAGAGAUAGAAGAUGCACAAUAUGCUUUUUUGGCAGAAGCCUAUGAAGAAGAUGAUGUUCUUGGUAAUGAAUUUAUGACAAGGAAACAGCGGGUAGAAGAGGAGGAAAAGCCAAAACAAGGAAAUAGUAGAUAUGAAUUGAUGCGUGGAUGGGGGUCAUGGACUGGACCUGGAAUUUCAGAAGAAAAAGAAACUGAAAGAAUGGAUAGAAUUCUUGGCAAAGAAUUAGUUCCGAAAAAGAAAAAGCAGCAAAGAAAAGAUGCUAAAAAAAGAGGUCUUAUAAUCCGUGAACAAGUAUCAGAAUCCAUACAAAAAUUACAACCAAGGGAUGUUCCAUUUCCUUUCACUAGAAUUCAAGAUUUUGAGGCUUUUGUACAACAACCACUUGGGAAAGAAUGGAAUACUCCGAUUGCUCAUAAUCAAUUAAUUCAACCAACAGUACAUACAAAGGCAUUUUUUAUAUUUUUAUGUUACAUUUUUAAGCCAAAAUUUAACCAAUUUCAUAGAAAUUUAAAAACCUAUAAUUUCCUUAAUGUGUCCCAACCAAAAUAAGCAUGUAUUUACUAAAAGUCCACCGGAUUUUAAAAGUAAGAUUAAUCGAAGAUCCCCCUCCCUUGCACUCCCACUUUUUUUAUUAAACUUAAUUUUUUUGAUAUUCCAGGCUGGCCGUAUAAUUAGACCUUUGGAUAAAAAGCUAAAAGAAGAG